AGAGAGAGUACUGUGACCCUGCGUAAACUCCAGUGACCAGCUCUGCCUCUCCCUCGCCCAGAGAACACACGUGAACCAGCAGCAGCGCGUCGGUGUCCAGGGCUCGAGCCAGCAUGACUCUGUCCGGCGGUUUGUCGGAUACUUGUCAGCUCAUUUUACGCGACCGCAUGGAGCCGGAGCUGUGGAAGUAGGCAGGCUGCACUUCUCCCAUGCGUUCUGGGGGAUAGCCGCUGCGACGCGUUGCGAGGCGAACACAGGCAGCCGUGCACCCUUUGGACAGAGCGACGAUGCGGGGCUCUCUGGGCGCAUUCAUUCAGUCCUGUGUGAUACUGCUGGUCCGAGCGGACCAGUGGAGGCUGAAGGACUCCGACGACUGCGAGCUGAACAAGAAACAAACCGACCUAAACUCCUUCCUGUGGACGAUCAGACGUGACCCUCCCUCGUAUUUCUACGGUACGAUCCACGUUCCCUACACGCGCGUUUGGGACUUCAUUCCUGAAAACUCCAAGCAGGCCUUCCAGGAGAGCAACAUCAUCUACUUUGAGCUGGACCUGACGGACCCAUACACCAUCUCAGCCCUGACCAGCUGCCAGCUGCUCCCUCAGGGCGAGAACCUGCAGGAUGUCCUGCCCAGAGACAUCUAUCGGAGACUUAAAAGACACCUUGAGUAUGUCAAACUCAUGAUGCCUUCGUGGAUGACCCCGGAUCAGAGAGGGAAGGGGCUCUACGCCGAUUACCUCUUCAACGCCAUCGCUGGCAACUGGGAGAGGAAGCGGCCCGUUUGGGUGAUGCUGAUGGUGAAUUCGUUAACUGAGGCCGAUAUUAAGACACGUGGGGUGCCGGUGCUGGACUUGUACCUGGCCCAGGAGGCGGAGAGGAUGAGGAAGAGGACGGGGGCUGUCGAGAAGGUGGAGGAGCAGUGCCAUCCACUCAACGGGCUCAACUUCUCCCAGGUGAUCUUUGCCCUGAACCAGACAUUAUUACAGCAGGAGUCUCUACGGGCAGGAAGUCUACAUGUCCCGUACACCACCGAAGACCUCAUCAGACACUACAACUGUGGAGAUCUCAACUCCAUCAUCUUCAAUCAAGACACUUCCCAGGUCCCCAACUUCAAUAAUGUGACACUGCCACACAGCGAGCAGGUGACCGCCCAGGAAAUAGACAGCUACUUUCGACGGGAACUCAUCUACAAGAGGAAUGAGAGGAUGGGGAAGAGGGUCAAGGCCCUGCUCGAGGAACACCCAGACAAGAGCUUCUUUUUCGCGUUUGGAGCAGGUCACUUUCUGGGCAACAAUACAGUCAUUGAUGUGCUUCGUCGCCAGGGAUACGAUGUGGAGCACACCCCUGCUGGGAAGCCCAUAAACAGGAGAUCCAGACCUGACUCACCAGAGUUAGACGACCACGACGACGAGCCCCCUCUUCUCGAGCCUUUCCUCCAUGAGCUCCCUCACAAAGAGGACGAUGAGGGGCGUCCCCUGGAGGACGAUCUGUUACCCCACAUGCUCCUGCCACCGGACAGCCUGGAGCUGCUGGAGAAAGCCGAGAGAAAAAUGCUGAAGAAAAAGAGGAGAAACAAGCAGAAAAAGCAGCGGCACCGGCAUUUUAAUGACCUGUGGGUUCGCAUCGAGGAGAGCACUAUGGUCCAGUCUCCACCUCCCCCGCUGGUUCGCAUCAUCAACCGUUACAUAACAGUGCAACCACCUGACCGAGUCCACAGCCACCACCAUCACAUAUCUUCAGCAUGGACCACCUCCUCGACCUCAUCCUCUUUGCUCGUCUUCCUCUGCACAUUGCUGACAGUGAUCCCACAGGCAUGGACUGUGUUUCUCGAGUAGAGCAUUAGUUGGGACUCUACAAAGCAGCCAGCCUUUCAGCUCACAAACUCUCACAUGUGGCGGUUUCCUGUAUCGCCUCAUGUAAAGUGAGAUCUGAGCGUGCAUCAUAAGACCUAGAGGAAGCUGGAGAAGAGGGUGGUGAGUCGGAGACGGCAAACAGCAUGGAGAAAGGAUGUGAAAUCAGCUUUGGCCGUAUGGUAACAAUACACUCCAUGGAUGGUGCGUGAUAUACCCUUUGUGUUGAAUGGUAAGUCAUUUCAAGAGAGCAUGUCUCUUACAAAUUGAUUUCUUCAUUCGCAUAAAAUGUUAGGAGUCUUGAAACACAAGUGUUUCAUACGGUUUCAGUUAUUUUGCACACACACACACACACACACAUCUGGAGUGGGUACACAGAACGCAGCAGGAAAGAAAAGCGAAAGCUCACAAACGGGAAGUGUUAUCGGACAUCUCAAUGACAUUACACAGCAUGUCAGUCCCCUUAGUGUUACAAUAGACUGAAUAUUCAACAUUCAAACCUCUGAGAAUAUAUGUUCUUGACUGUUCAGUGAAUGAACAUGAGAACGUCACCCAAACUGUUGCUGAAUAUCAAUUACCUUCAAUAAGAACAACUGGAACCAUAUGUCCUUCGUGUGAGUGUGUGUGUGUAUGCGUGUGCGUGUGUGUGCGUGUGUGUGUGUGUGACAAGUAAAGUCUACCAGCUCUUAAACCCCCCCUGGCCUUAUAGAGAGAAGAGUUUCUCCUCGGACCUUCAUUUAUUCUUCCAUUUUUAGAAGAAUUGUUUGCAUUAAAGCUUGUUGUGGGGGUUGAUUGUACAUAUUGUUUCUAAAUAUUAUAGAUGUAUUUUAGAAUUAUAAAAAUAAAAAUAAUCAUCAAAAGUGUUGUUGUUUAUAUAAAUAUAUAAAUAGAUAUGCAGUAUAUUUUUGAAAAAACAAAAUCAGGAACUAACCACCAUAGGCCAUGUCAAGUGUCUCACUGGCAUGACAUUUUUGGAAGGGUCAUAUGACCGUCUUGUGCUUUAUGUAUCAGUGUUACCAUUUGCUUUGCUGUGUGCCUAUGUUGAAUGGAUUCACGUGUGUUUUUUUGUCACAUCGAGAGCAUUUGUUUAAUUUAUUCAACUACUAUAGUUAUACUGUAGGCCAUAUCAAACAUUCUUUAAGGUUGGUUUUAUUUUCUAAUGUCUAAAUGUAUUUCAAAUGUUUUCAAGUCGGAUUUCAAAUGCAUAUGAUUGUAAUAAUACUUAUAAUUCAGUUUAAAAUAUCUAAAGCUGUCUCCACAGAUAGAGCCCAUACAGCAUAGUGUUCUAGGUCAUUCACAUUUCACUUGUGGCAUGAGAUGAUUGUAAUAGUAUUACUAUGACAACAAUAAAUAUUUAUCUACAUUAAAAUCU